AAUAAAAUGCUUGACAGCCUAGAGGGCUGUGUCAAUGACUGCCUAUUAGUAGAAGGAAUAGAUACAAAAAUUGAAAAUCAUCAAAAUUCUAAUCAAAAUAAUUUAAACAAAUUAAAAAGGAAAAGAGAAGAAAAAUGUGAAGAAGGGGAAAAGGAAGAAGAAGAAUUAAUUAAAGAAAAUAAUUCAUUUUUGGCCGAUCCAUUUCUCGCACUUCAAAAUGACCUUGACGACGUAAGCGAAGUAAUCAAACACAAUUUAAUAUCCGAAGAAUUUCUUAUCGUCAACAAUAACCCAACAAAUAAUAAUCUACAAAAUUCUCCUCAAAAUAUUAAUGUAAGACCCAAAAGUUUGGAAAGAGAAGACAAUUAUAUUGAAACUGUUAAUUUAAAUUCUGAUUCAAACAAAGAAAGGUCAAUUCAUCAAAUUGUUAAUUUAUUACAACAACCAGAAAAAAGACAACAUCCACAAUUACUACGCCAAACAGUCUCUUUCGACGACCAUCUUGGAUUUCUUUCUCCGUUCUCUACCGACUCAAGAAAUACAUUAUAUGAUAAAAGUUUAAUAGGAUUUGAUCAAUUUGACGAUCCAAUGAUUGGAGGGAAUAAUUAUGGUGAAGAAGAAUGUGGAAAUAAUUUAAAUUUAUGCCCUCCUUUAAUGACUACAGAAAAUGUUCCUUUGAAUUUUCCCCAACAAACUAAUGAAUUAAUUAAAAAUGUAAAUUCUGAAGCUGAAAAACAGACAGGAUACAUUCAAGAACACGAAGGCAUCACAAUUAUGGACCACCCAGAACAAAAAGAACUUCAAGAAAAAACGUUCUGGCAAUUAAGUACUAAUCAGCAAUUAAGUAGUGUAAACGACUCCCCACCUCCACUCCCCCCAAUUUCAACAAAAUUACCAAACAAAAAUAAUUCUUUAUUAACUAAUGAAGAAAGGACAGUCAAGCAGGAAUUAUCAGCUUCUAAUACGGAUGAAAUACAAAAUUAUAAUAAUACUGGGGAAGCUGCUAUAUUAGCUAAACAGGAGUUCCUUCAAUUAUUGUUGCAAAUAACGCCGGAAGAGCUUGAACACUUGAGAGCCAGAAAAGCCCUGCAAGUUCAAUCUAUCCAACAACAACCUCAUAACCACCAACAAUUUAAUUACAACAAUACAUCCACCGUUCAAUCCUCCCAACCUAUAUUCAUCCAAACAGGACAACAACCCCAACAACUUCAAUACAAUCAAAAUCCUUCCAUUUAUACUCAACAGCAACAAAGUAGUCCCCCUUUGGAUCCACUUCCUCCCCUAGUACCUUAUCAAAUUGAUUAUGGGAUUACUCAAUCUAUUAAUACGAUUAGUAAUCCGAUGGGGCAUUAUGGAGUUCAACAGAUAGCCCAACAACAACACCAACAAAUGGCCCAACCCUCAUAUUUUUACUCAUCUCCUUCCAGUGGUUGUUCCGCUGGCACUUUACUAUCACCACUAAGCAAUGGAGGAGUGUGUGGUUACCCUAGUGUUGCUACUUCUGAUUUUUUGGAAGAAUCAGAUUCCCAAAUAGAUCAAGAUUAUUGGGGAGAAGGAGAAAUGGCUGAAGGCGCUGAAAUGAAUUCGACAGCUUAUAAGAAUGACCAGUUGGUUAUGGACAGUGAAGAGGGUAAUACAGGUCAUCGUGAACGUCAAGGCCGGAGGAAAUGCAUGUUUAAUAUUAUUUAA